AUGUUGAAUCAUCUUUACGCCAUUUUCACAAUUAUUCUCAUAUCCGAGACGCUGAGAUCUUCGGCGCUAAGCAGCGACGGCAGCGUCGGCAGCGUGGGCGGUUCCACUGCCAACAAUGUCAUUCUGGAAGAUCCCGAAUUCACGGACGUCAUUGAUAACAUAACAGUACCCGCGGGACGAAAUGUCAAAUUGGCAUGUUCGGUGAAGAAUCUAGGCUCGUAUAAGGUGGCGUGGAUGCACUUUGAGCAGUCGGCCAUUUUGACGGUGCACAAUCAUGUGAUAACGCGAAAUCCAAGGAUUAGCGUAACGCAUGAUAAGCACGAUAAGCAUCGCACCUGGUUUCUGCACAUCAACAACGUGCAGGAGGAGGACAUGGGACGGUAUAUGUGCCAAAUCAACACGGUGACGGCCAAAACCCAAUAUGGCUUUGUCAAAGUAGUCGUACCGCCAAACAUUGACGAUGCGCUGACCUCCAGUGAUGUGAUUGUCCGUGAGGGCGACAAUGUCACCCUGCGCUGCAAGGCGAAAGGCAGCCCAGAGCCGUCCAUCAAAUGGAAACGGGAUGACAACCAUAAAAUUGUCAUCAACAAAACGCUCGAAGUGAAUGACCUGGAGACGGACUCAUUGGAACUGGAGCGAAUCUCUCGCCUUCACAUGGGUGCUUAUCUCUGCAUUGCCUCAAAUGGUGUCCCGCCCAGCGUCUCCAAGCGCAUCAAAGUCAGCGUCGACUUUUCCCCAAUGGUCUGGAUUCCACAUCAACUGGUGGGUAUUCCCAUGGGCUUCAACGUAACACUGGAAUGCUUCAUCGAGGCAAAUCCCACAUCGCUCAAUUACUGGACGCGAGAGAAUGAACAAAUGAUUACCGAAUCUUCCAAAUACAAAACCGAAACGAUUCCGGGAAAUCCAUCGUAUAAGGCAACGAUGCGACUGACGAUAACCAAUGUGCAGGGCAGCGAUUAUGGCAACUACAAAUGUGUCGCCAAGAAUCCUCGUGGCGACAUGGAUGGCAACAUAAAACUCUACAUGUCUAGUCCACCAACCACACAACCACCGCCCACAACCACAACGUUGCGUACAACCACAACAACAAUGAACUUUCUCUACGAUUCAAACACACCCUUCAAUGGCUUCUCCGGCGGAGAUGUGCCUACGAAUUCGGUGAUUUUGUAUGAUAGAUUGGGCAAUAAAUACCAAUCGAAUUUAAAUGAGAUCGGAAAAUCUGAACAAAAACUGAUGGGCAGUAAUCCGGAUAGCUAUGACUGGUCCAAGGGCAAACGCAGCGGUGGGCGUGUCCGGCGAUCUGUCGGCUGGCUGAUAAUGCUUCUCACGCUGCUGGCAACACAGUCGCAUCAUUAGGAAAAUCAAAAGCAAGCUGUAUUAUUAAAGUGCCAUUACCAAAAAACAAACAAAGUUAGAAAAAAUGCCAAAACUGAACAGAGAAAAACUUACAACUUGCAACACACGUUACAACAACAAACAAGAAUUUAUUUUAUUAAACAAGUUGCCAAUAGCACGGCGGUAUAAUUUUAGUUGACUUCGUUUUCCUAACCCAAUACAAAAACAAAAGGGAAUAUUCUAUUGAAUUGCUCAAAUUAUUAUAUACAAAUAAGUGUAAACAAACGGUAAUAAAUUAAGUAAAAAGCUGAAAAUAGUGGUGAGCCGUUAAGCGAAUGCUCUUUCCCAAUCAACAAA